UUUAUGUAGAAGGCAGCACAUCAGGAGGAAGCUGGUCAGAUGAGUUUCAGUUCGUGCGUGGAGUUUCCAUUGUGGGCGGGGCCAGGCUGCGGGGACCCGGUCGCGGAAGUGUCUCCUGUGUUUCUACAGCGUGUGUUGGAUAGCGCGAUGAGUGACGCGGUCCCGGUGGACCCGGUGGACCUGGUGGACCUGGUCCACGGCUGCAGUCCGGGCUGCAUCGGCGCGCCUCCACCGGGGGAUCCCGCCCCCGUCUUCUUGCUGUGCGGGGACCGUUCCCGUGACGACCUGCGUGGCGGGAGCGUGCACGUGCUGGACUCGGGUUCGACAGCGGACUGCUUGUUCCGGUUCAAGCGGACCCUGGACCGGAUGGACGUGAGCUCGGUCCGGGUCUUCACCACCCCACGGGGCCGGGACCGCCUGGCCCUCUACGAGCGUUGGCUCUUCACGGCGGUGUACACCUUUGAUUACCGCGUGCACGCGCUUACCUGUCCUAGCUGCGCAGGUCCCGCCCACUCGGACCCACCUGGUGAAGCGGUCAGGGUGGAAGAAGAGGUGAAGGCGCUCGUGCAGGGGCUACCCGCACUGGGGGGAGGAGUCCGGGUUCUGACGUCAUCCCUGAUCCCAGAAUGUUUUGGUCACGGCUUCAGCACUCGAAGCGGCGGCGUGACCCUCAUCGGGACCCUGUCCUCUCUGAACCUGUUCAGCAGCAGCAGGAGGAGGGACCCCGAGGCCCUGGUCCAGGAGAACCGGCGCAGACUGGCUCUCCAUGCCGGCUUCCACCCGCUUCCUCUCCGUCUGGUCAAGGUGGACCACGGCAGCCGUGUGUGGGUGGUGGGCCAGGCGGAGCCGGACAGCUAUGACGCCAUGGUAACUGACCGCGUCGGCGUGGUGCUGGCGGCGCCGGGAGCGGACUGCAUGCCAAUCCUGUUCGCCGACCCGAGGUUAAAGGUCAUCGGAGCCGCUCACGCUGGCUGGAAAGGAACGCUGAUGGGCGUAGCCAUGGCGACGGUGGGGGCCAUGGUGACGGAGUUCGGUUGCCGGGUGAGCGACAUCGUGGUUGCCAUGGGACCGUCGGUGGGAGCCUGUUGCUUCACGCUGGACAGACAACAGGCUGAGGACUUUUACCGUGUCCACCGGGACUGUGUCCCCGAUCCAGAGUCAGUCCAACCCCACGUAGACCUCCGCCUGGCCAACAGAGUCCUUCUGCAGAGAGGAGGCGUCCUGCCUGGACACAUCCACGACCACAAGGAGACGCAGCGCUGCACCUCCUGCCACCCUGAGGACUUCUUCUCACACGUCAGGGACGGACAAAACUUUGGCACCCAGGUGGGCUUUCUGUGGAUCAGGGGGACGGACUGACAGCUGGACACGUCUGGAGACACAUCUGGAAACAUCUGGUGAUUCUAUUGUACUACUUUUGAGUUUAAAGGAUAUACAGAUGUUUUUUUUUCCCAUUGUGGCAUUAGUACUACCACGAUGAGACGAGGUCUGUGAUCAGGGACCAAUUAGUAAGUAUUAGUGUUACUGUUGUGUGAUUCUAAAUAUUAAAGACAUUCAGAAUCUGCUCUGCUGAUCAAUAACUGAUUCAGUCAUAUCAAUGUGACAUGUUGAAUCUGAUUUUAGGACUUUAGUGUAUCUCUUCACUUAUAAGUGAAACAUUAUACAUAAAAUGAAUGACAAUGUAUUGUCAUUGUGUCACAUGACGUCCUGUUGUGUGUCCGGAAAAUGAAUGAAAUGAAUUAGCUUUCUCUUCUAUUAAAAUCCUCUAAAGACUCCGCCUCCAAAAUAAAACACAUCAACCAUCAGGAUUUAAUAAUUAAACUAAAUAAAAGUUGUUAUAUUCCCACGGGACGUUUUCUUAAAGGAACACAUAUU